CAUCUUAGUAGAAGAAGUAGAGAUUUGAGAGAAUGCAAGAGAUGGUGAGCAAGAGUAGGAUUAUACUAGUGUUGUUAGGAUUGGCGGCGAUGAGUCUCCUGAAAGUGGCCUCACAAAACUAUGGAGAUGCAUUGACCAAAUGCAUUCUUUUCUUUGAAGGGCAAAGGUCUGGGAAGCUGCCCUCUGCCCAAAGAAUGACUUGGAGGAAGGAUUCUGCUCUUCAUGAUGGCUCUGAUAUUGGCGAGGAUUUUGUUGGAGGUUACUAUGAUGCUGGAGACAAUGUCAAGUUCAAUUUUCCUAUGGCAUUCACAACAACCAUGCUUGCUUGGAGCGUAUUAGAAUUUGGUCCUCUUAUGGGCACAGAUUUGGAACAUGCCGUGGAGGCCAUUCGUUGGGGUACAGACUACUUCCUUAAGUCCGCCAGCGUCCCUGGCACAGUGGUUGCCCAAAUAGGUGAUCCCAUCAGCGACCAUAAUUGCUGGGAGAGACCUGAAGAUAUGGACACUCUUAGAACCACUUACGUUGUUAAUCAAACACACCCUGGAUCUGAAGUUUCUGCUGAGAUUGCUGCCGCACUUGCUGCCUCUUCCUUGGUGUUCAAGACUAGUGAUACUCAAUAUUCUGAAAUCCUUCUUCAAAGAGCAUCCUCGGUCUUCGACUUUGCCAAUAAUUAUCAAGGAUCUUACAAUUUAAGUGUUGGACAAGGAGUUUGCCCUUUUUACUGCGAUUCCAAUGGUUACGAGGAUGAAUUGUUCUGGGGAGCAGCAUGGCUGUACAAGGCAACUAACGAUCCCAAAUAUUGGGAUUAUAUUCUAAGGAACAUUAGCAACUCAGCAUCCUCAUUCGCAAAACGCUUAAAUAGUGUCGUAGGCAACAGCUUCGCGGAGUUUGGAUGGGAUUCGAAAGACGCUGGCAUUAACGUACUUGUUUCCAAGUGGGUGAUGAACACUCCCAAUGAAAAUCCCUUCAUUUUUAAUGCAGAUAGGUUUGUGUGUUCUAUAUUGCCAGAAUCACCAACCAUUUCUGUUACAUACUCUCCAGGUGGACUCCUAUUUAAACCUGGAGGAAGCAAUUUGCAACAUGCAACAUCUCUGUCCCUUCUUCUGAUCAUUUAUGCUCGCUAUUUAGAACAAGCUCACAGAGUGGUUUCUUGUGGCAAUGUGGUCGCCACUCCUGCCAGGAUUAUUAGUGUUGCCAAGGGCCAGGUGGAUUAUAUACUAGGAAAGAAUCCAUUAGGAAUGUCGUACAUGGUGGGAUACGGCAACAAAUUUCCUCAGAAAAUUCACCACCGGGGCUCUACCUUACCCUCCAUUGAUAAUCACCCUGGGCAUAUCGGAUGUCAUGAUGGAACCCCCUACUUCGAGAGCGAGGAUCCCAAUCCAAACGUGCUUGUAGGGGCUCUCGUUGGGGGACCUGAUAAUAGUGACCAAUACGUCGAUGUUCGUGUUAAUGCUUCUGAAUCAGAACCUACUACAUACAUGAAUGCACCCUUCGUUGGAGUCUUAGCCUACUUCAAAUCACUUCAAUCCUGAUAGAAAUUUUCCAUGUAACCACAUUAUUGUUAUGGAAACUUUAUC